GUUUCUAAGAAUACACAACAAUGGAUCUGUCUUUGCUGUUUCUUCGUUUGUCAAAAAGGAAAACCAUAGGACGGAACAAAAUGUUGUCAUUUCUUCGUUUCAGAAGAAAGAAUAAUGCCAUAGUACCUGCUCAUUGGAGCUAUUUGAGGGUGGAUCUUUUGCCAGUGUCAUAUAGUGCUCUUUCAGAAGCUACUGAUAAAUUUUCUUCAAGAAAUUUGAUUGGUGUGGGUAGUUUUGGGUCCGUUUACAAAGUAGCUCUUGUUACCCCAUUUGAUAGAACUUACCUUUUUUUGGCCAAAUAUGAUCGCGUUCAUCUUGUUGCUGUGAAGGUGUUUAACUUGUCACGCCAUGGAGCUUCGAGGAGUUUCAUAACCGAAUGCGAGGUGUUAAGAAAUAUCAGGCAUCGAAAUGUGGUCAAGAUUGUAACUGCAUGUUCUAGUGUCGAUUUUUAUGGUAAUGAAUUCAAGGCUCUGGUGUAUCAGUACAUGGAGAAGGGGAGCUUAGAGGAGUGGUUGCAUACAACUUCUGGAACACAACAGGUAAGACGUGCACCUAAGAAAUUAAAUCUUUAUCAGAGGUUAAGCAUAGCAAUUGAUGUUGCUUGUGCGGUAGAAUAUCUUCAUAAUCAUUGCGAAACUCCAAUAGUUCAUUGUGAUAUCAAGCCAAGCAAUGUUCUUCUGGACAAGGAGUUUACCGCACAUUUAUCUGACUUUGGACUAGCAAGGUUUCUCUCAAGAACGAAAAAUGAUUUUGCAAUCGGUUUAAGAGGAUCUGUAGGUUAUGCCGCGCCAGAGUAUGGAAUGGGAGGUGAGGUGUCAACAUAUGGUGACUUGUACAGCUUCGGCAUUCUCUUGUUAGAGAUAUUUUCAGGGAAGAAGCCCACUGAUGAGAUGUUCUGUGACGGAUCAAACUUUCGUAGUUUUUGUAAGGCUGCUUUGUCAAAAGGAGUUACAAAAAUUGCAGAUCCAGUGCUUCUUCAAGAAGGCAAAGGGGCCGCAAGCAUUAUCGGCAUAAGAGAUGAAGAAAUUGAAGAAUGCUCGAGUGAGUUCUUUAGAAUAUUUGAAGAAUGCUUGAGUGAGAUCUUUAGAAUUGGUAUCGGGUGUUCUACUGAAUCACCAAGAGACCGAUUGGAUAUCAGAGAUGUUGUAUUUUCAUUGCGUUACAUUAGGGAACGUUUACCUUGUCUUUUAAGAAGGGGGAACGUAUAUCUUUGAUAGAUAGUACUUUAAACUUUUGCUACCUUUUGUUGAAGAUCACUACUGCAUCUUGUACAAUCUUUAGACAUAAAAUUAGUCAACCCCAUUAGAUUAAUGGAAUACCAUAGUAUACGGUGUUGUUUGACAAACCUCAGAAAUUAAGAAAUCAAGUAAAGAACGGACACGCGAGACAAAAUUUAACUCUUAUCUAAUCUCCUCUCACUUUCCGGAGACAAAUCGGAACUCGAUCUCGCAUCUCGUUAUUCACUUAUUCUUAACUCUUAUUUACUUGGUAAUAAUAAACCCACAAUUUAAACAAUAAAAGAAUCUUGAUAUCAUCAAUAUACAAAAUAUCGUUCCUUGUUCCACUCAUGAUCCCCCAAAUAAAGAAAUUAAAAGAAUUGUAGUUAACACACAGCUGCCAAAACCGAACUCAGUUCCCAUUUUUCACAAUCCUAGUUUCAUUAACUGAGCUCAACCCAGCCUCAAAGUCAUUCUCAGAAUCACAAUGCACACAUUCAAUUCCAUCAUAACCGAACAUGCAACCACAUUUCUUCUAUGUCAAAUUGAAUGAAAAUAAAUCCCAAAAGCAAACGACUUACAUGGGUUUUUGAGCUCCGUGGGCUGAAUGCUGAGGAGAUUUCCGGUGCUCAUGACCGCGAACCAAGCAAUCCAAAUUCGGAAAUUGAAUUGCGAAUUAGGGUUUUCGCAGAGAUAUGAUCCGAUGGAGAAGGAGAGAGCAGAACAAGGAGAGAAACGGUAAAAUAUGGAGAGAGGUAGAGUCAUUCACU